AUGCGCUGUCAAGCUAUAUUGGCGACCAUAUUCUGUCUUUUACAAUGGCUGUCAAAUGGACAAGUCACAAAAGGUCGCCGAGAAGGCGAUUCUCGUGUCGUUCAGCUAUCUCUUCACCGGAGCAACAUCCAGGAUCCCGUUCUGCAUGACAGGCAACGAAUCAUGAGGCGCGAAGGAACCGUUCAAGAAGAUGUCAAUAAUCUGCAAACUCUGUAUUUCCUCAAUGCAUCACUCGGCACUCCACCUCAAAACUUGCGUCUCCAUCUCGAUACAGGCAGUAGUGAUCUUUGGGUAAAUACAGCAAGUUCAUCAUUAUGCAGGUCAUCAGAUCAAGCUUGCACCGAAUCAGGAACCUACAAUUGCAACUCAUCCUCGACGUAUGGAUACUUGAACAGCCAGUUCAAUAUAUCUUACGUGGACGGAUCUAGUGCACAUGGCGACUAUGUUACCGACACGUUUCGAUUUGGGAACAUUGGCAUCGAUGACUUUCAAUUUGGAGUUGGAUACACGAGCAGCAGCCAACAGGGCAUUCUGGGAAUCGGGUACCCUGAAAACGAGAUACAAUCCGCCCGAUUCGGGCAUCAGCCAUACAACAACCUCCCCGCGAGAUUGUUUGCGGACAAGCACGUUGGCGCCAACGCUUAUAGCAUUUGGCUUGAUAACAUAAACUCGACGACGGGAAGUCUACUAUUUGGAGGCGUCGACAAAUCGCAAUAUCAGGGCAGCCUGGUGACUGUCCCCGUGCAAAAAGUCGGGUCGAGCUACCGCGAGUUCUUCAUCACCAUGACAGGGCUAGAUGCCGGCUCCAAGUCCAUCGCAACUGACAUGGCACUGGCUGUGCUGCUUGAUACAGGAUCAUCCCUGACAUACCUGCCCAACGACCUGGCGAACGCAGUCUUCCAAGCAGUCAACGCAACGUGGCUUGAGAAAUCGCAACUGGCGGUUAUUUCUUGUGACAGGGGACUCAGUGACGAGAGCAUAGAAUUCCACUUCAGCAAGCCAGCAUCCAUCUCCGUUUUACUACGAGAGCUUGUGUUGCCAAUCAUCACUGCCAAUGGAGUGCAACCUAGGCUGCAAGACGGCACCAACGCUUGCCUUUUUGGCAUAUUUCCGUCUGGCCGAGGAGCAAUUGUUCUUGGUGACACGUUUCUACGCAGCGCGUACGUUGUCUACGACAUGGCCAAUCAUGAAGUGGCUUUGGCUCAGAGCAACUUUAAUGCCGAGCCGUCGGGCUCUGACGUUGUGGAAAUCAGUCCAGGCACAAAUCAGCUUCCAGACGCAACGGCGGCUCCCAACCCUGUGGCUGCGAAAUCCGGACUUCCUGUUGCGAGCCUCGCGGCCUCUUCUGUCCUACUCGAGAGACAGUGCUUGGCGGUUACUUUAUUUGCAAUGCUCAUUGUGGGCGCUUUUCGCGUCUUUUAG